CGGUCAGUACUGGGGAUAAUUUAGGAUCUUAUCAGUUUUUUGUUUCUUUGCCAAUGUUCAGACCUCAGAUGGAUUGGUAGACGGACAGAGGAGAAUGGAGGGAAUCCAUCUGUUUGAUUUGGCCAAUUUAGCCACUGGGACGCCGGGAGCAGUGAACUUCAGAGCCCUUCACACUCUCCUUCAUGUCAUCCUGAAACACCUAGACAUCCAGGAUGUUCAGAUAGAGCUGCCUGAAGGGGGUGCCCAAUGGGACCCACCAACAGGAGAAGACAGGUGUGACCCACCAUCUGGAAGAGUCGAGUGUGACCCACCAUCAGGAGGAGUCAGGGGUGACCCGCCAUCAGGAGGAGUCAGGGGUGACCCACCAUCAGGACGAGUUGUGUAUGACCCACCAUUAGGAGGAGUCAGGGGUGACCCACCAUCUGGAAGAGUCGGGUGUGACCCGCCAUCAGGAGGAGUCAGGGGUGACCCACCAUCAGAAGGAGUCGGGGGUGACCCACCAUCAGGACGAGUUGUGUAUGACCCACCAUUACGAGGAGUCAGGCGUGACCCACAAUCUGGAGGAGUCAGGGGUGACUCACCAUCAGGAGGAGUCGGGGGUGACCCACCAUCAGGAGGAGUUGGGGGUGACCCACCAUCAGGAGGAGUUGAGGGUGACCCACCAUCAGGAGGAGUCGGGGGUGACCCACCAUCCGGAGGAGUCGGGGGUGACCCACCAUCAGGAGGAGUCGGGGGUGACCCACCAUCAAGAGGAGUCGGGGGUGACCCACCAUCAGGAGGAGUCGGGGGUGACCCACCAUCAGGAGGAGUCGGGGGUGACCCACCAUCAGGAGGAGUCGGGGGUGACCCACCAUCAGGAGAUGACCUGGUGAGGAAAGGAGAGAAGGGGCAGGAGGACAACAUGGAGCGCAGGAUCCUGCACCUGGAGGAACAGCUGGAGGUGCUCAACAAACUUCCCUCUGGAUUAGAGCUGAUGGAAAAGAGCAAAUCCGUCCAGCAGGGCGGCAGCGGAGCAGUGUCAGACAUGUGGCAGAUGAUGCAGCUCCGGAGGAGGGUGGAGAUGAAUGAGGAAGGAGUGUGUAAGGCUAUGACACUGCUGCAAGACCUCAUGACAGAGAUGAACACCAUAAAAGAGGCACAGCGCAAAGACACAGACAUAAUCGGUUACAUCAACACCACCAUAGGUCAACUCCAGGAGAAAUGUGAGAACCUGAACAAGACCACCCAGACUCUGAUCCAGGACCAUGAGGAGAACCAGAAACACAUUGAGGACACAGACGUUACCAGUGACAUCAAGACCACCAUAGACCAGCUCAAGGAUGAAUGUGAGAACCUGAGAAAGACCACCAAGACUCUAAUCCAGGACCAUGACGAGAACAAGAAACACAUUGAGACCCUUUACCAAGAAGUUGGCAAACUGGAGAACAAGAAAGCUGACAAAGAAGUUAUUGGGCUGGAGGCUGCCGCUACCCCCAUAGGCCAGCUCCAGGAGGAAUGUGAGACCCUGAACAAGACCACCAAGACUCUAAUCCAGGACCAUGAACAGGAACAGAAAGACAUAGAGUUUGACGCACUUCAUGGGAUAUUAACAACUACAGCAUCUCCUUCAUCCACCCUGCUAGCCAUAAGUGUCCCCGGACAGUCUGACAGCUCCACCCCAGGAUCUACUGUCGCUGUAGAGACCACAUGUCCAGCCGGCACCAUCGACAUAGUGAAGAAAUUCAGCAAAAUCGGCAGCCAGUUUGAAGACCUACAGAACUUGGUGACAGAUUAUACAUCUGUAGAGGCAACUGGGACAGAUCUAGGGGCAGACAGGAAGGCAUCUGAGCCUCACAUUAAGGACAUAAUCGGUUCCAUCAAGACGACCAUAGGUCAACUCCAAGAUGAACGUGAGAACCUAAACAAGACCACCAUUGACCAGCUCCAGGUAGGAGGUGAGAACCUAAACAAGACCAUCGAGACUCUGAUCCAGGACUAUGAACAGACUCAGAAACACAUUGAGACCCUUUACCAAGAAGUUGGCAAACUGGAGAACAAGAAAGCCGACAGAGAAGUAAUUGGGCUGGAGAUUGACUUGAAAGCAGACAAGUGUGCGCUGGAGAGGAAAGUUAGCUACUCUCGCUUUGAUGUCACCACAGAACAUCUGGGUAGAAUGAUUGAGGAUCUGCUUGAGAAAGUGGACGCUCAUGAAGAAGACUGGCAGAGCCUAUUGGAGAAAAUUAAUGUGGAGAUGCAGAACAAACUGGAUCGCAUGGAGAUUGAUCCACUGAAGAACAUUUUGGAACAACGCUGGAAAGACCUUUGUCGACAGCUGCAGCAACAUCCACCACAGUAUGAGGCUGAUGAAGCUGCGGGGAUCAGAAGGCAGCUGAUGACAAGAUUUCACUGCAUCUCCUGUGACCGCCCUGUGUAUAUGAAGGUGCCCGGCCCAUUACAGUCAGGGACACCUCAGCCAAGACGCGAGGCCUCGCAGCCAGAGAUGAGCCUCAACCACCGGCGCGGUGCCCAUACCCACAUGCGUCAGGAGAUAUCAAGAGUUCAGCUGCAAACCUCCGGGAAGAUCUGCCAUCUCCUGCCAGCACAUGACGCCACCCAGAAGAGGCUCUCCAGAACGUCCAGCUCCAACCAGGGACGUAAUCGCUUACCAGAUCUGGAUAGGUCCAGAUAUAGGACCGUCCCUCGAAACUGUGGAGGAAGUCACACAUUGACCUUCACGCAGAAGAAUCUUACAAAGAUCAGCACCUCAUGUACUUUACAAAAGAGAGCGGCAGCUGAGGUUGGCCUGAAGGAGCGCCCUCAACUUCCAAUGGAUGGACUGGACAUCGAAAGAACACAAACAGAAAAUCAUCCUUAAAAAAAAAAAAAAGAAUACAUAUAUUAUUAAAAAAUAAAAACACCAAAAUAUCCCAUUUGUGGUGGUUGCGGCUU